AUGCGAGGUGAGUAUAAUGGCCUCAAAGCACUUAUUUUAAAAGAAAAUUCAAGUGCUUACUAUAUUCAUUGCUUUGCUCAUCAACUUCAAUUAGCUCUUGUAGCCGUGGCACAGAAACAUCCGAAGAUUGAAACUUUCUUCACUAUAGUACAUAGAUUGGUGAAUAUUGUUGGAGGAUCAGCUAAACGGAGUGAUCUUAUUCGAGAGAAUCAAAGAUUGAAAAUUCUUGAAUCACUCAGUAUUGGUGAAAUAUCAAGCGGACGAGAUCUCAAUCAAGAAAUUACUCUUCAGCGUCCUGGGGAUACACGUUGGGGCUCUCACUAUAGUUGUUUAAUUAACUUGAUUACCAUGUUUUCAAAUAUAGUCGAAGUCAUUGAGAUGAUUGCUACUGAUUCUACAAGUACCGGAACAAGAGGUGAUGCAUGCAUUUCAUUGGAGUUGAUGUUAAGAUUUGAAUUUGCAUUUAAUCUAUAUCUCAUGAAAAAGAUUUUAGGGAUUUCAAACGAAUUGUCAAAAGCAUUACAAAGAAAAGAUCAAGAUAUUGUCAAUGCUAUGAAAUUGGUGCAAAUAUGUAAAACACAACUUCAAACCAUGAGAGAUGAUGGAUGA